AUGGCUGGAGGAGAAAACACAAAAACUACUAUCGAGUGUAACAACCCUUUAUACCUUCAUCCUUCUGAUGGUCCAAAUACACUCAAAAUAGAGCCACAACUUACAGGAGCAGGAGAUUACAAAAUAUCCCUAGCAACAAAAAGAAAGUUGGGAUUUGUUACUGGGGCUCUAACUAAGUCCAGUACUGAUCCGGUUCUGAAAGAAGCUUGGGAAGCAUGUAACAAUAUGGUUACAGCUUGGCUUCUAAACAACAUGACUGAAUCUCUAAGGAGGUCAGUUAUGUAUAUGAAGUCAGCCAAAGAGAUAUGGUUGAGCUUGAGAAACAGGUUUACAGUGAGUAAUGGAAACAGAAAGUAUAGGCUAAACAAGGCAAUAUAUGAAGUUCAACAAAAUGAGAGACCAGUGUCUGAGUAUUACACUGAACUCAGGGUUCUUUGUGAAGAGAUAUAA